CCUACCACUCCCGACUCUACUUUCUCGUCACCACCGCUCGCCCUUUCUCUUUAUACUUAAUUCCCAGGCAAUUGCGCCUUUCUUUCACUUCCUCUUCAACCGACAUAAUGUUCCGUUCCGCUGUUGUCCGCUCUUUGAGGGCCUCCGUGCCUCGUGCCGUCAGGGCCCCGGCUACCUUCCAGAUCCGCAGCGCUCCUGCCGCUCAAUUCGCUCCUCGUUUUGCCUACCAGGGCGUCCGUCUUUACUCCGCUCCUGCCGGUCUUGACAAGAACGAAGCUGAGGGUCGGAUAGUCAACCUUCUGAAGAACUUUGACAAGGUUUCCGAUGCCAGCAAGAUCAACGGCUCCUCCCACUUCGCAAACGACCUUGGACUUGACAGCUUGGAUACCGUCGAGGUUGUUAUGGCCAUUGAGGAGGAAUUCAGCAUUGAAAUCCCUGACAAGGAUGCCGAUGCCAUCCACAGUGUUGACAAGGCUGUUGAGUACAUCCUUGCUCAGCCCGAUGCCCACUAAAUUAUGUAAUACGAAGAUCUGAAUGAUUUUGCGGGUUAGAUAGAAAACAAGGGGAUGGUGGCGUGCAUCUACAUGGGGUCUCAGCGUGGAAACGCUACUUGUAUGCUGAUACAUGCCGGUGUUGUUUCACCCUACUAUAUCGUGUAUAUCAUCUUGAAUGCAGUUUGAUUGAUUACUUCUGGGUGUGGGUUGCUACCGGGUCUCUUUAUGGACCUCGUUAUGCGCCAGUAUUCUGAUAUCAACCGCCCUAGCAUGUAGGAUUAGUGUUAUAUGGUCGGUGGUGGAAUUGACGCGGGUCUCAAGAUGCAUUGAACAUGUUGUACAUACCGCCCGCUUGAAAUUAAGACGAUUUAAGGGUGGAU